CAGGACAGAGCCUGGCAGCCAUACCUCCACUUCCGAAGCCAACCAGAGAGCCAGGGCCUCCGGCAGAUCCAGCCUGGGUAUUCAGCCAAGAGAUACCUCCGUGGCCUCUUGAGGGCAUGGCCCCCUGACACCAUGUACAGGCUCCAGUGUGCAGGUCAGUGGGGACAUGGGAGGAGGUGACCCUGAGCUGCCCUGCCUUGCAUUCUGGUGUGAGAGUGUGUUUUCCACCAAGGCCUGAAACACCAGAAUUUCUGGCCCCGUUUUGUGUUAAAGGUGCUCAGUCUUCAUGGCCCACCAGCCUCCAUAAUACCUUUCGCCCUUUGCCACCUCCAAACUCACAGAGGGACUGCAGGCUAAAGCCCGGCCUUCACACUCGGCCCCCUCAACAGCCUCAUACUCCGCGUCCCAAGCAGAUCGUGCUUCCCAACCUUCCCCACUCAGAGACUCCAGAUCCUCCAGUUCAAUCCCUACCUUUUACAGGAGCAGGAAAAAGAGGCCAGAGAGGCAAAGUAAUUUGUCCAAGGCCAUUUGGCCAAAAGCAGAGCUGGGACCAGAGGCCGGAUCUUCCCCACACCCCCAGCUCCACACUCUUCCCAGCAUUCCCACUGCCCCUUCAGAGGUGACUUCAGAUCCUCCUCAAAGACGGCCGUUCUGAGGCUAAGAGUGAGAUGGACACCCCGCUACCCUCAGAGACCCCAGAUGCACUUUGCAGAGGCCUAAAAAUAAAAGGAGGCAAUGGUUGGGAAUUAAAGUUGCUAGAUUUAGCUCAUACAACACAUGCACAAAAACAGUUAAACUUGCAAUGCUUGGUACAUAUUUCUACUAAAAAGAAUUCGUUGUUUAUCUGAAAUUCAAUUUUAACUGGACAUCCCAUAUUUUAUUUGGCAAACCUAUUGGGGAAGAGAGGGGUGAGCAGUAGGAUUUGCCAAUGCUUACUCGGCUAGUUGCCAUUUCUUCAGAACCAACGCACAGACAGGACCCGAGGAAGACUGACUUUCUUCUCGCUUUAUAGGUUUACUCUGGGAAAGAACAGAAAACAACUCCCUCCCCAGUACGUGGUGACUUGAAGGAAAAUGAGAGAUGUGGGCUUGUCCAGUAACAGGUUUUACCUUCACAGCAGGCCCACAGUUCCAGGCAGUUCUAUUUAUCAAACACUUGUGAGAAAGAGCCUCUUAACCAAAGACAUGUUUAUUGUUGGAUUGAGCACAGGGCAAAACAGGCCACUGCCCCACAGCCCAGGCCCAGUAUCUUCAAGGAGGAGAGCCUCUCUUAACAACCAAAAGUGUCCCAGACCCUUCUAUGAAAGUCAUGUGGCUACAAGGUGUGGUUUAAGGGAAGGUCCAUGUGUACAUGCAUCUGGGGGCCUCUUGCCCUAAUUCAUCACCAAAGCCCCUCUUGAGGCGUGAGACCCUCAACUGGAGGAAAAAUGACAAUCCUGUGAUAUGAGAUCACUGGCCCCAUGGCCUCAGCUACCCCCUUCCUUCACACCUCAGAGCUCACCACCCUUGUGAUGCUGGUAUGUUCUCUGGUCCCAUCCUUCCACUCCUGUGACAAAUCCUCCCCACUCUUCAGGCCCACAUCUUCUACAAAGGCUACCCUGAUAAAUCCAGCCAAUAUUGAGCUCCUCAUUUCCUGUCCUUAUACAGCACUGACACUUGGGGGCUGCACAGCUGAGCGCAGGAGAGCUUUGUCUUUCCAACAGACUAUUGGUAGCUUUAAAAAGAGCUCCUGUCUGGGGCUACCCCACGGCCUAGCAGAGAGGCGGGCCCAUCGGUAAGCCCUCAAUAAACUCUUAUAGAAUGCACUGAGAAAGAAUCAAGAGGGCUACAGAAGCAAGCAGGAUUCAUCCAGAAGAAACUUUUAGAUUUCCCCCUGAGGCAGAAGGAGUCUUGUACCCAAGCCCAAAGAAGUAGCCGUGUUCCUUCCACUAGGGAGCCCUCGUCGUGAGGAGUUGUGGAAUGGAAGAAGUAACAUAUUUGGCAUGGGACCGGAGAUAGCUAAGGCACUGGAUAAAGAAUUCUCUAAGGGCUCUACCUGAUUUUUUAAUCCCUCCCAUCUUCUAAUUGUCUCCCUUAAUGGGCUAUGUCCAAAGCCAAGACGAAUGCAAGUGGGGACCCUGGUAGUAUCUCCAAGACCUCUAGACUGGCAACCAUGAUUACUACCAAUAACUCCUGACCUACUCUUCAGGAUGCAUCAAGGAUUCUGUGCUGCUCCAGGACAGUCAACUUAAUGUAUCAAAGAAUCUCAGACCACAGCAGGAUCUUUCAGGUGUACCCCCAAAAUACCACCUCCUGCCUGUCUUCCCUCCAUUUUGGAUUCAACAAGGAAAGUCUUUUGAACAAGGACACAUCAACAAAGAAUCGUCGUCAUUGUAUCCACGCUUCAAAGGAAAGCCACCAUGAAAAAACACAGCAAACCUCCAGGAGGGCCCCUGGGCAUGCCCGCCUUGAUCACUCUUGGCUCCCGAGUGACAAAUCCCACACUACAUUCUAUGGAGGUGCCUUCCCCAACAGGAAGGCAGAUCUCAACGACAAAGAAGGGAAUAUGAAACUCCACCAGGACAGAAGCAGCCACUUGUUCCAGGGGCCCCCUGCGGAAAGAUGUCUUUUCCCUCCUGUAGCAUCUGCCACUGGCUCAGAAAAAAACACACCUGGGGAAGCGAAGAAGAAGGCUCCAAAAGCUUUGAAAUUACCUCCUAUCUCAGAAGAACCACCCAGAGUCCUGGACCCCCUGGGGAGUCAACUUAAAGCCAAUGAGCCCCCAGCAGAGCUCUUCAUCUUCCCCGUGGAGAUUCAUUUCCACACCCAACAUCCCCCAAAGGGAAAAGCAGGAAGAAGAGGUGCUCCACACUCUGAGUCAACACUAGAAACAGAAGAAGACUCCAAGCCUUUAUGGAGGCCUCCCCUGAAGCAGAUGUUCCUGAAAAAGCCAAGGGAGUUAACAGUGCAUCUUCCAGGGGACACAGGCAGGGACACACUCUCACCUCAAGACGAUGAUGCCCGACCCGAGAAUGGGACCCCACCACCGUCCCUGGUUAAAGGAAGAAAAAGUCCAAAGAGCCAGAGGAGCCUGGACAGCCCCAGGACAUCAGGCCACAGCUGCCUCACAGCCCCCCCAGUUGUGAGACAGGCCGGGGCGGCACUCCCAGCAGAGAGACAAGAAAAUUCCGGACACUUCUUGCUGGGCCCAGAUGGAGAAAGCAUCUACCUGUCCCCCCCAGGGCCUUCCCAAACUGAGCAGCUUCUGUUGGGUAAAGCCUAUGAGUCUGUCCAUUCAAACACCAGCCAUGGAGAGGAAGAGUCUAGUAUUCAACAACUUCUCAAAGCAAACAAUGAAACUGGACCUGAUCUUCACAUGAAUCUUAAUGAAGCCUCACCUUUGAGCCAAAAACCAGAGAAGCAGGGAGCCCAGCAGUCCUUGGAGGCAGCAGCUCAGAAGACAGGAGAGCCUCAAAGUUGUAUAAAUAAAGGGCUGAUAUGUUCAAACAGAAGAGGAUUUUACACACGCAAGCUGCACAUCGACGUGACGCCGUUCCUGAAGGGAAGUGGAGAUGAACCGGACUGUCAUGAAGAACAAGGAGGACCCCACCACGAAAAUCAUCCAGAUGCUCAAGACCCAGAGCUCAGGAGUAUGACCCUUGACUGUCUUAGUGCUUCCCUGGCUGAGGACAUCCCGACCCCUGAGGCAGACACUGUCCAAAAGGCGGGCAGAGAUGAUAAUGUGCACUGUCUGCACCGAGAACUCUCAGGACAGGAGUCUAAGUCCCCAGAGAGGUUGGGUCCUGUACACACAUCUCUUCUGACAAAAGGAAAAGAAGAGAAGACUGAACCAAGACUGUUCAACCAGCAGACACCAGCCAACAUCACCCAUGAAAUGGAAUUGAUGGACAAAGCCAAGAGAAAGAAAAGGACCAAGACAGAUAAGUCCAAGGCACCCAUGGGGGAGAGAAAAGGAAAGCUCCGCAGGGAAGCAGAGGCUGCUGUGGGAAAGUCAAAGGAAUCAAAGGCUGAAAGGAAAUCAGAACUUAUUCCUAGAGAAAAAAAACAAGGCGCCAAAAGGAAAAGGACACAGAAGGAAGCAGAACUUAACUCUAAGGAAAUGAAAGGCACCUCAGAUGGAGGUUUCUCUCCUUCGGGCUCCACUGAAGAGGACCCUUGGCUUUCUUCCAAACUUGAUGCACCCGAGAGCCAAGUCUCUCUAGAUGGAAGGUCAUCGCCCACCCAGACUACAACCAUCACUGGAAACUUGGAAUCUGAAGAAAAGAAAAGCCAUGAGGACCCUUCCAAGGUCCUCCUCGCUAAGAGGGAGCAAGAGAAAGCUUCCCAGGACAGGCUGCGUGCAGAGAAGGCGGAGAUGAGACGGCUGCAGGUGGAGAGGAAGAGAAGGGAGCAGGAGGAGCAGAGGCGGCUCCAGCAGGAGCAGCUGGAGAGGGCCGAGAAGAUGAAGGAGGAGCUGGAGCUGGAGCAGCGGAACCGCGCCGAGGAGAUCCGCUUGAGGAAACAGAGACUCGAAGAAGAACGGCAGCGGCAGGAGGAGGAGGAGAGAAAGCAGUGGCUUCAGGUGCAGAUGGCCCAGGAGAGAGCUCGGCAGCAGCAGGAGGAGUUCCAGAGGAAACUGCAGGAACUGCAGAGAAAGAAGCAGCAGGAGGAAGCCCAGAGGGCUGAGGCAGAGAAGCAAAGGCAGAAGGAAUUGGAAAUGCUAUUAGCAGAAGAACAAAAGCGCCUGAUGGAAAUGGCUGAAGAAGACCGGCUAGAGUACCAGCGACGGAAACAGGAAGCAGAAGAGCAGGCUCGGUUGGAAGCAGAGGAGAGACGGCAAAAGGAAGAGGAAGCAGCAAGGCUGGCUCUGGAGGAAGCCAUGAAGCAAGCCCAGGAACAAGCCAGGCAAAAAGCUGCUUUGAAGAAACAUCUUCAUUUCCAUCAAGAACUCCAUAAGGAAGCCAGCGGCCUACAGUGGACACAGAACAUUUCUAGACCAUGGGUCUACUCUUACUUCCAGUUCCUACAAAUACCCAGACCUUAAGACCAGAAGAAAACUCAAAGUUGGGAGGUGGUAACAGAAGAAGAAACUUCCUUCUAUAAUGAAGUUCCAUACCAAGCCCAGUUCCAUUUCAUCUGGCUCACCUCACCCCACAGCUAACUUCCCUCUGGCUCUUCCAUCCCCCUCACCCCCCCCCACCACACGAUCAUUACUCCACCCAGUUAAACUCUUCACUCACCUAAAUCCGUUACGUUUCCUAGAACCACUUAAAAUCCAGAAGCUUUGGUGCCUAAAAUUGGCCAGUGACUUCAUAAUUUGGUUGAAUUUUAGUAAAUUUCAGUUUAAUUUCAGUUAAUAAGAUAUUAACAUACAAAUUUCCCAUUGUGGUGUAGCAGAAACAAAUCUAUUAUCCAUGAGGAUGUGGGUUCGAUCCCUGGCCUUGCUCAGUGGGUUAAGGAUCCGGAGUUGC